AUGAAGUUUGUGAUCCUGUUGGCUGUUUUGAGUGGAGUUUUUGCUGCCCCUUUCCUGAAGGAAGAGGAGGCUAAGCGAUUCAUCAGGCUGAAGAGACAGUCAGGAUAUUGGGAUCCACACCAUUCUCAGAACCAAUGGGGUUACACCAUUCAGGAACAGGCUAAUGAGUAUUGGACAGCCAUUCGAACAGAUGCUCAGUACUACAUGGACAUGAGCAACAUGAUGUUUGACCGCUCUGUGGCCACUGAAAACAACAGGAUGUAUAUGGAGAUGCUGCGUAAUGCACGCGCCCACCUGGACAGCCUGACGGGUCGUAACGGGUAA